CUUUGAUAUCCUUCAUAAAGUCUGGGCAAGUGCCACUAUAGAAAGCUUCUUUCGACUCGAGGGCCUUUGGUGGUCAGCAAUUCGAGUCCUACUACUAACUAGUUUUGCCGCGCAAAACAUCAUGGUACACACUAUCACGCCCUUACGGGCAUUUCUUGUCAUUUCCUUGAUUUCCAUACCGUCAACAAUUUUUACUCAUGCAGCAACUGGUAUCGUCGGCUAUGGGAUCGACAUAUUCCCCGAUCUCUGCUGCCAAUCAUGUUACGAUUCACUUUCCACACUCUACCUCAGCUGCACCACUUUUGACAACAGCAGCUCGAUGGCUGGUAUGGACAUGAGCGGGAUGGACAUGAGCAUGUCCAUGGCAGUCACAAGCGAUGCUUGCCGUGCCUCAAAUCAACCAUGGCUUCAGACGAUGGCUUAUUGUAUCCAGCAGGGAUGCGAUGCAGUCGGCUUUCCCGCAGACAAGCAGGAACAAUGUUUUGCUACGCGGGCCGUUGCUGGCUCCUCCCAGCCCUCCUUCGAGGAUAGCCUUCCGAGUUCAGCCCCGGUUGUAGAGGUUGCAUCUAAUGCUACAUGGCUCAACGUCACAAGUCUGGUGAAUGCAGCGCUGUAUACGUCCACUUACGGAACGUACCAGGAGUUUGCCAGGGAAGAGGGACUGCAUUCCACUUAUUCACUAGUCAUCAUUCUCACGAUGAUCGGCAUGUUAACCGUCUAUGGACUUUGGGUGCAGCUGGGUAGCUCCAUUCCUGGCCUCGCUAAACCAUUGGAGAACAAUCCCAUCUCGCCGUGGAUCCAACAGCAUCUCGUCAUUCGUCCAUUUCUAGGCUCGCGCCGCCUUGAGCCUCUACCUGGCCAGUUGGGAUAUUCCCCGAGACGGAUUCUCGGCAUCUUCAUCGCGCUCUAUGUUAUACUCAACGUCGUUCUUUGUUCCGUCUCGUUUGGCAGCUUCCAGCCCAACAUCUAUUUCAUGUCCCGCGGCUUUGAGUUGUGUGAAUAUGUAGGCAACCGAUCGGGUAUUCUCAGCUUUGUCAACAUGGCCAUCGCCAUAUUGUUCGCCGGAAGAAACAACAUCUUCAUCGCCUUGACCGGAUGGAGCCACGCCACCUUUUUGGUGCUUCACCGUUGGACGGCGCGGAUUGCUGCCCUUCAGGCCGUCGUGCACUCCAUCGUAUAUACGAUAGCGUACUUUCAACCAGGUUACAGCGGCGCAGCUGCAUAUGCCGAAAAGACGACUGAGCCUUUCUUUCAAUGGGGUAUCGUCGCCACAGUGGCCAUGUGCCUGGCAGUCGGCCUAGCCAUCUUACCCCUCCGGGCGAGAUUUUACGAAACCUUCCUCUUUCUCCACAUCUCCCUAGUCGUGAUAAGCCUUGUCGGCUGCUGGUACCACAUCGUGCCGCACUUUGGCCUCGACUACGGCUACCAAGUCUGGCUUUACAUCGCAUUUGCCUUUUGGUCUGCCGACCGACUGGCCCGCAUCGUCAGAGUCCUCUUUUUCAACCGUCUCGGCCAGUCCGAGGCGAUCGUCGAAGCCGUCCCGGGUACAGACCUCAUGCAAGUCACCUUCUUCCCGCGAACCAUGUCCGGCUUCGGCCCGGGGCAGCACACCUUCCUCUACAUUCCUCAACUGGGCAAGCCCUGGGAGAACCAUCCUUUUACCAUUGCCGGCUGGACCGCUCCGAAGCAAGCGUCCCCGCCAAACUCCUCCAGCGAUGCCGUCCCCUUUGACUCGAGCCCAGCCGAGGAAGCCAAAUCCGGAAUGAAGGCUACGACAUACAGCGACCAGAGCCCGUCCGUCCCGUCGAUCCGCGUCCUCGUCCGCACGCACUCUGGCGCCACCGCCGCGCUGCAGAAGAAACUCCUGGCGACCGCGCCUGGAUCGCGUAUGGGGGUUUCUGUUUACAACGAGGGCCCCUACGGUGGCCACCGAGCUAAUCUCAAUCCUUUCGUGGCUGCCGAGACUGUCCUGUGUAUCUUGGGAGGCAUCGGUGUCACCAGCGCGCUUGGGUUUCUGCAGUCAUAUGUCGAAAGUCGUGGCGAUGGUCAGCCAGCCCAGGGCGACAAGAGGCUGAUGAAGAAGACGACUCGGUUCAUCUUUGCUUGGUCGGCUAGGGAGGCUGGGCUGAUUCAGUAUGUCAAGGACAACUACUUGACUGAUGUUGAGGGUGUCGAGUAUAGACUUUGGUGCACUGGCCCCGUCGAGGGCGCAGAACAGCCGGAAGGUUCGGCAAAGACCGUCUCUGGUAAAACGGAUGUUUCUGCCACCUCUGGGAGAAUGGAUAUUGGUGCGGUGCUGCAGGACAGCCUGGAAGAAGGUGUUUCCACCACUGUCAUGUGCUGCGGGCCGGGUGGUAUGCUGGAUGAGACUACCAGCCAAGUUUCUCGGUACUUGGGACAGGGAUACAAGGUCAAGAUGGUGGAGGAACUUUAUACUUGGUAGCAAGGUAGUGCCCUGAACGAACAUGACUUUUACAAAUGACCAGAUUGAGAGUGACGUGGCUCCAAGGCGGGUCAGUCAAGAUAUCGUAGAUUUAGUAGCAAUUCUAUCAUAAUAGUAACUGUA